AUGCGGUUUAUGAUACCAAGAAGUCGAAUAAAGUAUCAUAUUGAUCAAUUAUAUAGAUGUUUACUUUAUUCAGGAUUUGAAGAGCGUAUUGGUUGGCUUUAUAGUUUACAACCAUGUGAAUUAUUUGAUGAAGAACGUCGAAGAUUUGUAUCAGCACUUGAUCUUUAUUUUAUUGGUGAUAUAGAUCUUCCCAAUCAUCUAUCUGGUAUUCAACAUACAUUUAUUCGUCUUCGUUUUCAUGAUAUUAAUGAUUCAAUGAAAGCUUAUAAAGAAUUACAACCAAUUGUUAAACGUAAUAUUGAAUGUGAAAAAAAACAACAAUCUCAUCCUGAAUUAGUUGUAUUAAAACGAACUAUAUCAUCAAAUUCAACUAGUGAUCUUAUUGUUGAUGGUCUUUCAAAUGCAAAUGUUGCUGAAAAACAAAUUGAUGGUAUUAUUGAAUUACGUGAAUUUGAUGUACUAUAUCAUAUUCGAGUUUGUAUUGAUUUAAAAAUAAAUGUUGGCCUUUGGUAUGGUGUUCUUGGUCAAUCAAAUAGUGGACCAUAA